AUCUGUCUCCAUCUUUCUCCAUCUCCAACUCCACAACCGACAAACAUCGGAUUCCCCCAAUUGCCUCCUUGCUAGUUGAUUUCUGGAACAUCUACAGAGAUACGAUUAUCAUGGACUUUUCCCUCGAGAACCACCAGUCGUACAUUGGCCGUCCGGCCACUGACCUGCCCACCCCGUCUCUCGUUCUGAGCAAGCCGGUCCUGGAACGAAACACUCAAGCUCUCUUGCAAGAUGUGAAAGAUCUGAACAUUGCAUUCAGACCCCAUGUGAAGACGUUGAAGACUGCAGAGGUGACGCGCAUGAUGCUCGGCAAUGGUGCCCACCGGAAGAUCGUGGCCUCGACACUGGCCGAAAUUAAUGGUGCUCUUACCCUAGCUAAAGAGGGAAUCUUGGACGAGUGUCUCUAUGGCAUCCCCAUCUACCCCAGCGCCCUCCCUCGCCUCACCGAGAUCGCCAAAUCCCUGCGCAUCGUCCUCAUGAUCGACAACGAGCAACAGGUUGACGUUCUUGAGCAAUACGCCCAAUCUGUGUCUCCCACCCCCGCACCCUGGCCCGUCUUCAUCAAGAUUGACGUCGGUUCCCGCCGUGCCGGCAUGGAGAAUGUCUCCCCGCUAUUGCCCAAGCUGAUCCAGCGCGUUGAGCGCUCCCCCGCCGCCACGGUAGACGGCCUCUACUGCCACGCGGGUCACUCGUACGGGUGUCGAUCGCAGGAGGCGGCAGUCGAGGUCCUGGAGACCGAAGUCGCGGGAGUGAUUGAAGCAUCGAAACACCUGACUGCUCCCGGGGACGGGAAGAUCGUCCUGUCCGUGGGAUCGACGCCCACGGCGCACGUGGUGAACACACUGAAGAAAAACCUUCCAGAGAGUAUGGAGCUGGAACUGCACGCCGGAAACUACCCGUGCAACGACCUCCAGCAGGUCAGCACCGGCCUCGUCAGCGAGUCUCAGCAGGCUGUGCGCGUCCUCGCUGAAGUCUGCAGUGUGUACCCCGAGCGCAACGAGGCGCUCAUCAACGCCGGCACGGUCGCCCUCUCCAAGGAGACAAGCGACUUCCCUGGCUUCGGGCACGUGGCCGACCGUCCGCAGUGGAAGAUUGUGCGCAUGUCGCAGGAGCACGGCAUCCUGGGUCUGAUCGACGGAUCGACAUCCGAGAAGAUCGACGAGUCAUUCCACGUAGGUCAGAAAGUGCUGCUGCGCUGUCAGCACGCGUGCAUCACGGCUGCGCAGCACUUUGCGUACUACGUCGUAGACGAAAACGACGUGGUGCGCGAGACGUGGGUGCCGUGGAAGGGAUGGUAG